ACUGCGGCCCGACGCGCCGCGACCGACGCUUCCUGCCGCUCGCCGGCCUGCCGCACGACUCCGCUAGUGAAUUAUUAGGUGCUAAUUAUCAUCCAAAUCCCAAUAUGCUUCCACCGUUCGGUAUGCGGGUAGAUAAUUCAAUGGGCUCGAGUGGGCUGACAUCCGGGGCGCUGCCCGGGGGCCUCCCGUCCGGGGGCCUGGCGUCCGGGGUGAUGUCCGGGGGCCUCCCGUCCGGAGGCCUGGCGUCCGGAGGACUUUCCGGGGGCCUGUCGUCUAGUGGGCUGUCCGGUGGCCUGUCGUCUAGUGGGCUGUCCGGCGGCAUCCCGUCCGGGCCGCUGUCCGGGGGCAUGCCGUCGAUGACGGCCAUGCCAGGCAUGAACUAUAUGCUGAGCCACCAACAGAUGAUGCAGAAUCAACAAGUGCAGCAACAGGCACUUGUGAACGGAUUCGAUGCGCCACAGUCGGCUAGCGAAGGAAGGUACCUCGCAGAGAACAUGGACAAGUUCUUCACAGACUUCCACAAGGCGCAACAGCUCCGAAUCCUCUCGCGCGGCGCUGACGACUUCCGCCCGCGCGCGCCGCACAAUAUGCUGUCUGCUUCUAGCCUCGAGCGCGAACACAAGCACAGAAUGAACAAUUUAAGAAGCACAGAAGCCAACGGCGGCCGCGCCGCGGGUGACGGGGACGACGACUUAGACUUCGACCCCUUCAAGGAAACACAGAAAGCGCUCGCGGAAAUGAUGGAGUCGGAAAUGAUGCAGAACACAGUUUCUAGCGGGGACAGCAUGGAGCGCAUGCGGCGCGCGCGGCUGCCGCCGCCGGGCUUCGCCGCGCGCGCGCCGCUCCACCACGCCCACCACAACCACCACAACCACGCCCACAACCAGGGUUACAACACAAACAGCGCAAUGUUCGCGGACUGGACGCAGAUGGACCCCGCCAUCAUGUCGACGUCGGUGGCGGGCGCCGGGGGCCACGCGGGCGCGGGGGGCCACGCGGGGGGCCACUCGGGGGGCCAGCAGGAGCUGCUGGCGCGCUUCAGCCAGCUGGGGCUGGGCGGGCGCGCGGCGUGGGCGGCGCCCAAGCUGCCGUGGGCGGGGGUCCCGCUGCCCCCCGGCUUUGCCCCCUCCAAGCCCCCCCAACGGCCCGCCGAAUGUGUCGACGCCAACUAA